AUGACAAACCUUUCUUUUGUGACAUCUUUUUAUCUGUCUGAAUAUUAUGGAAUGGAAAACCUGAAGCCACUGUACUUUUGCAUUUUCCUGAUUAUAUACCUAGCCAUCAUUGCUGAGAAUGUUACUUUGAUUGAAGUAGUUUAUCAUGAAAAAUCACUGCAUGAGCCAAUGUAUGUUCUGUUGUGUAAUUUGGCUGUGAAUGAGUUGUUAGGAGGCACUGCAUUACUGCCAGCACUGCUGAUCAACCUGCUGUCUUCCUCACGUGAGAUUUCAAUUUCAUUUUGUCUAACUCAGAUCUAUGCUAUACACACAUAUGCCAUCAAUGAAUUCACAAUUCUUGCAGCAAUGAGCUAUGACAGGUAUGUGGCUAUUUGUUAUCCACUGUGUUAUCAUUCAAUAAUGUCACAGAGAAUUGUUAAACUGGUUGCUUUUAUGUGGGUUUACCCCAUGCUGGCAUUUCUGAUUUUUUUCAUUUCAACCCUUCAGCUGCCAUUUUGUGGGAGAACCAUAGAAAAGGUGUACUGUAUUAACUACUUACUUGUAAGACUUGCAUGUAUAGACACAUCUAUUGUUAACAUUAUUGGCUUAGUAGCUUCGGUUUUUUAUACACUUCCUCAGCUUGUCAUGAUCUUUUACUCAUAUAUACACAUCCUGAGGAUAUGCAUAUUGUCUUUCAACAAAUCCAAGUUCAAGGCCCUUCGGACCUGCACUCCCCACCUACUAGCUAUCAUUAACUAUUCAUUUGGAUGCUUUUUUGAACUAAUACAUGGUCGAUUAGUCAAUAGACACAUGUCUUAUCACACUAAACUGUUCUUUUCUCUGUACUGUUUAUCAUUCCCACCCCUCCUUAAUCCAAUAAUCUAUGGUUUGGGUUCACAACUUUUAAGGACACGAUUUCUCAGGCUUCUAAAUAGAAAAAGUAAGCAAGCAAACAAUGUAGUAAAGAUAUGUGAUGUUAUUGUGCCUUAUAACUACAUCCCGCAUGGUGCUGUGAAGGCAGAAUCUCCAUGUUGUUUAAACACACAGAGUCCUGAAUUCAUCCCAUUCAAUGCUAAAUUUUGUGUUUAG